AUGGGGGGCACCCCCACCGCCCCUAUACAUCCACUUCAAUUCACAGUCCAGUCCAUCUCAGAACCAUCCCUUACUACACCCAUUCCACUUCAGAACCACACGGUACUACAUACAGCCCAUCUCAGUACCACCCUCUACUACAUCCAGUCCAUCUCAGUACCACCCUCUUCUACAUCCAGUCCAUCUCAGAACCACCCUUACUACAUCCAGUCCAUCUCAGAACCACCUCUUACUACAUCCAGUCCAUCUCAGUACCAUCCCUUACUUGUCCAGUCCAUCUCAGUACCACCCUCUACUACAUCCAGUCCAUCUCAGUACCAUCCCUUACUACAUCCAGUCCAUCUCAGUAACACCCCUUACUACAUCCAGUCCAUCUCAGAACCACCCCUUACUACAUCCAGUCCAUCUCAGUACCACCCCUUACUACAUCCAGUCCAUCUCAGAACCACCCCUUACUACAUCCAGUCCAUCUCAGUACCACCCCUUACUACAUUCAGUCCAUCUCAGUACCAUCCCUUACUACAUCCAGUCCAUCUCAGUACCAUCCCUUACUACAUCCAGUCCAUCUUAGUACCACCCCUUACUACAUCCAGUCCAUCUCAGUACCACCCCUUACUACAUCCAGUCCAUCUCAGUACCAUCCCUUACUACAUCAAGUCCAUCUCAGUACCAUCCCUUACUACAUCCAGUCCAUCUCAGUACCACCCCCUACCAUAUCCAGUCCAUCUCAGAACCACCCUCCUCUACACCCAGUCCAUCUCAGAACCACCCCUUACUACAUUCAGUCCAUCUCAGAACCACCCCUUACUACAUCCAGUCCAUCUCAGUAUCACCCUCUACUACAUCCAGUCCAUCUCAGUACCACCCCCUACUACAUCCAGUCCAUCUCAGAACCACCCUCUUCUACAUCCAGUCCAUCUCAGAACCACCCCUUACUACAUCCAGUCCAUCUCAUCAAACUCAGUACCACCCUCUACUACAUCCGGUCCAUCUCAGAACCAUCCCUUACUACAUCCAGUCCAUCUCAGAACCACCCACUACUACAUCCAGUCCAUCUCAGAACCACUCCUUACUACAUCCAGUCCAUCUCAGUACCACCCCUUACUACAUCCAGUCCAUCUCAGAACCACCCCUUACUACAUCCGGUCCAUCUCCUUACCACCCAUUACUACAUCCAGUCCAUCUCAGAACCACCCUCUUCUACAUCCAGUCCAUCUCAGUACCAUCCCUUACUACAUCCAGUCCAACUCAGUAACACCCCUUACUCGUCCAGUCAAACUCAGUACCACCCUCUACUACAUCCGGUCCAUCUCAGAACCAUCCCUUACUACAUCCAGUCCAUCUCAGAACCACCCACUACUACAUCCAGUCCAUCUCAGAACCACUCCUUACUACAUCCAGUCCAUCUCAGUACCACCCCUUACUACAUCCAGUCCAUCUCAGAACCACCCCUUACUACAUCCGGUCCAUCUCAGUACCACCCCUUACUACAUCCAGUCCAUCUCAGAACCACCCCUUACUACAUCCAGUCCAUCUCAGUACCACCCCUUACUACAUCCAGUCCAUCUCAGUACCACCUCUCACUACAUCCAGUCCAUCUCAGUAACACCCCUUACUACAUCCAGUCCAUCUCAGUACCACCCCCUACUACAUCCAGUCCAUCUCAGUACCACCCCUUACUACAUCCAGUCCAUAUCAGUACCACCCCCUACUACAUCCUGCCCAUCUCAGAACCACCCUCUUCUACAUCCAGUCCAUCUCAGUACCACCCCCUACCACAUCCAGUCGAUCUCAGAACCACCCUCUUCUACAUCCAGUCCAUCUCAGUACCACCCCCUACCACAUCCAGUCCAUCUCAGUACCACCCCCUACCACAUCCAGUCCAUCUCAGAACCACCCUCUUCUACAUCCAGUCCAUCUCAGUACCACCCCCUACCACAUCCAGUCCAUCUCAGAGCCACCCCUUACUACAUCCAGUCCAUCUCAGUACCAUCCCUUACUACAUCCAGUCCAUCUCAGUACCAUCCCUUACUACAUCCAGUCCAUCUCAGUACCACCCCUUACUACAUCCAGUCCAUAUCAGAACCACCCCUUACUACAUCCAGUCCAUCUCAGUACCACCCCUUACUACAUCCAGUCCAUCUCAGUACCACCCCUUACUACAUCCAGUCCAUCUCAGUACCACCCCCUACUACAUCCAGUCCAUCUCAGUACCAUCCCUUACUACAUCCAGUCCAUCUCAGUACCAUCCCUUACUACAUCCAGUCCAUCUCAGUACCACCCCUUACUACAUCCAGUCCAUCUCAGUACCACCCCUUACUACAUCCAGUCCAUCUCAGUACCAUCCCUUACUACAUCCAGUCCAUCUCAGUACCAUCCCUUACUACAUCCAGUCCAUCUCAGUACCACCCCCUACCUCAUCCAGUCCAUCUCAGAACCACCCUCUUCUACAUCCAGUCCAUCUCAGAACCACCCCUUACUACAUUCAGUCCAUCUCAGAACCACCCCUUACUACAUCCAGUCCAUCUCAGUAUCACCCUCUACUACAUCCAGUCCAUCUCAGUACCACCCCCUACUACAUCCAGUCCAUCUCAGAACCACCCUCUUCUACAUCCAGUCCAUCUCAGAAGCACCCUUUACUACAUUCAGUCCAUCUCAGUACCACCCCUUACUACAUCCAGUCCAUCUCAGUACCACCCUCUACUACAUCCGGUCCAUCUCAGAACCACCCUCUACUACAUCCGGUCCAUCUCAGAACCACCCUCUACUACAUCCAGUCCAUCUCAGUACCACCCCUUACUACAUCCGGUCCAUCUCAGUACCACCCCUUACUCGUUCAGUCCAUCUCACUAA